GGCCUGACCGGGGCGUGACCGGGAUUCAUAAAGGACCUGCUGGACGGUCAGGAGGCUCCUCAGCGCCUCCGCCAGAACCCCCAGACGAGGCCAAGAGAGCAGCUCUGCAGAGGGCCGGGGUGCCGCCCGAGGGAUGGAGGGCACGGGCCGCUUCUCGCCGCUGCCCCACCUGGAUGUCUACGACCACGAGCCGCUGGGCCGGGAACCCACGCCGCUGUCCCUCGCGGGGCCCCACGGCAGCCCGGGCGGCUUCAAGGGAGAGGGCCAGAUGCCGGGCAAAGACGUGGCCGGCCGGCCUGGCUGCCAGGCCCGCGGGGCGGUGGCGGCGGCCGCUCAGCAGGCGCACCACCCCCCGACGCCACAGCCGCAGCGGCGCCUCUUUCCCAACUCACCGCGGGAAAGCCGCAGUCUGACCGACGUGAGCCGGAGACCCCCGGACCGCGCGCGAAGGCAGCUACCCCGUAGCCGCCGUCCCGACGACGACCGCGAGUCGGCCGCCAGGUCUCUGCGGCACGGCAGAGCCGGUAGUUACACCUUGGCCUGGCAGCAGCCCCCGCCAGAGAGGCGGCCCCACUCGGGGAAAAAGGACACUCCCGCGCCCACCCCCCGCGGGGAUUACACCUCCCCGCGCGGGACCCUGACUCUGGAGCGGGAACCCAGCGGAGACCAAUGGGCCACGACUGUGCGCAGGAGCAUGGGUCACUGGGUCCCAUCCUCCACCUCUUUGGAGAAGUCAGCCUUGCCCUCGAAAGAGCACAGAGUCCGAACCUCCUCCGGGGAGCUGCGUGGCAAGGCCAUGAGCCCGCUGAUGGAACGUGGCGCCCAGUACUCCCAAAGUCCGGAGAGUAACAAGGAGUCCGACUUGGAGCCCUUCCAAAACCUGAAGGACAAGCAUUCGGAGGCCAUGAUCCCCGCCCGGGACAAGAAGAUCGUCAACCUCAUGCUAGAGCGGCUGAAGAAGGCCAGGAGGAUACAGGAGCUGCAGCACCAGGCGGCCGAGGCCUGGGAGGAGGUGAAGCGCUGCAAUCAGAGGUUCCAGAUGAUGAUGGAGAGGGAGCGCCAGCAGCAGCUGUCACACAGCAAGGAGCAGUGGGAGCGGCAGAAAGAGGAGCGACGGGCCCGCCUCAGCAAGGAACAGCAGGAACGGCUGGAGACUUGGGAGAAGGAGAUGGCCUUGAGAGACAGCAAGUGGAAGCGACAGGUCCAGGAACGGGAGAGCCAGCGCAAGGAAAAGUUGGAGAGGGCUCGGGAGCAAGCGGAGUACCGAAAGCAUUGCCAGGAGCAGAUGCUGAAAGAAAAGGAGGUGAUGCAGAAGGACCUUCGGGAGCAGAACAUUCAGCAGCUGCAGGAGAAGAUGGUGCAGGCCUGCUACAAGAGGCAACUCAAGAACUUGGAAGGCAGGAAAAAACUUCAGGAGAACAACCUCGCUUCCUCAGCCAAUCACCAGUUUCGAAAGGUCCUGCUAGAUAGCCAGAACAAGGCCGAGGAAAUCCUGAGGAGAUUGUCCCUGGAGCAAAGAUCUCAGAGGUCCCAGGAGAUCCACCAGCGCCUCAUUGAGGAGAGACACAGAGAGAUGAAAGAAAAGGCCCAGAAAGAGGAGGAACAUCUUUUGUUGGCCAAGUGGAGAGCUGAAGAGACAGAUGAGCAGAAAAAAUUGCAUAAAAAAAUGUUAGUGGAGCUGGGGGACCUGAAGAUCCAGCAGGCUAGAGAUAAUGUGCACAAAAAUAUCAAAGACAAGGCAGACAGGAUCAGGGAAUUUAACUUUCUUCGGGAGAAAAACCACUACUUUCUAAAGCAGAAAGCUGACGAAGAGGCCAAGUGCCACAUUGAAGGAAUCAAAGAAGCCAUCAAGAGGAAGGAACAGAAGAUGAACCAGCUCUCCAGAGAGAAAGACGCCACUAUUGAAGAAUCCCGAAAGAUUGCUCAAGCCUCUUUGCAGAUGAGGGAGAAAGUGAAAGCCCUUCAAGUUUCUUUUGACCGCAUGGCCUGGGAAGCUCAGCUAAGUGCGAGUCUGCAUGGAGGGAUUCACUGAGCCUUUAGCAAGAAAGACCUCACAAUCUAUAUGCAAAAAAAGAAAAAGAAAAAAAAAAGAUGUGAAAAUGUAACGCAUUCAUUUUAUAAUCUGCCUAUAACCUGGCAUUGAUAUAAAGUGGUUUUUAACCUCUAA